AGCGCUGGUGGGAGAGAGGGAUAGAGGAGGGGCAUCCACGGUACAAAUCGUAAAGCAGAACUUUAGCCCCAGGGCUGAGGCCUGAAGGCAUGCUGCUACCGUGCCAUCUCCUCCCCGGGUAGCAAGUGGUGAGAGCAGGCCCUGGGGGCACGGAGAGCCCAGGGCAAGCCCUCCAGUAGAUGGCACGCACGGGCCUAGCAAAGCGUCACUGCAGCAAUGGAGAGAAAUCUGACACUUCCAGACACUCCCUGGGAAUAGCCAGGGGCCGAGCAGGAACCAGGAAAUACAAGCUCUCCCUGUCCAGAAAACAGUUCUGCUUCAUGGAGGAAGGAGCGACAUGGGCAACGUCUGCAGCUGUGGGCGACCAUGGAACUAAUGUGAGACGUGAGAGCCAACAGCAUCAGCCCAGCAGGAAGGCUCCAACGUACGAAGAUGUCCCAGAGCUUCCUGUCUACGCCACCGUGAGUAAACUCAAGAGUGUGAAGCAGGAUGACAGCAUUCAUUAUGCAGACAUCCAAGUGUUCACCAAGGUCCGGGAGCGCUCUGCAGCAGAGGUGAAGAACUUACAAAUGCAGAAUGCCACAGAAUAUGCCACCCUCAACUUCCCCCGGCCCAGGCUGAAAUAUGACAGUAAAAAUGGGACCCUGGUAUAAAAGGCCCCAUCCUCCUUCAGCAGCAAAUGGAUUUUACAGGCUUAGAGAUGCUGCAGAUGCAAGCUAAGCUCAUGGACACCUCAAGUCUUCCUGAGAAAGUGCAGAGGAAGGUGUAGAGAGGCUGUGUCUUCCACCUGCAUUUCUCUUUGGAGGACACAGACAUAUUUAUUCUCACAUGAUGAGUAGUUUCCUAUCUGAUUCUGCUGACAAAAUACACCUCUUCCCCUUGGAAGAGUUGACUCUGAAUCUGGCAACCCAUCUCCUCUCAGCACUGUGAGAAGACAGAGCUGCUCCUUGGCUGAUGAAGGCUAACACCACAGCUCAGAGCUGCAGUGAGAAUGUUCCUGCUGUGGCACAGGACCAGAUGAGUGCUGCUCUGCAGAUGAGUUUGAGAACAUGGCAUACAGGAUUCAAUACUGGGACAAGGGUGGUGUCGCCACAGGAUUUUACAUUAAUGUUAAGAAAAUUCUGCAAUGUGCAGAAUGACAUGUGGAUGAUACUGUGAAGAAAUGGCAUGAAACCUUUAACAGUAUCUACUGCAAUGUCUUUCUCUAACACCUGCCACUGUAACUGCAGUCAUGCGCAAUGUGCAUCUCCUUUCUCAAAAAGCAGUGUUCCAUAACCACACACAGCACUCUAAAACCAGGCCAGAAAUGCAGAAUUAACUGAGUGGUACAGAACAAUUUCUUUCACUGAAGGGCUGUAUGGAUAUGCAUCCCUACCUCAACAAGCACAGAAGUGAGUAGUGAGCUCUUUGCUCUGACUGGAAAUGAAACAAGGAACAUUUGCAAUUGAACUGUGAGGCAGCCAUUUAAAAGCUAUGGCCUAUGUUCAGGUCAAUUAUCCAGUCCUUAGAGUACAGCAGCUGUCUUCAUGCCUGAGAUACUGGGAAUGAAUCCUGGUCAACUUUAGAGAGAGCUUUGGGCUUUUCCUCCAUUUUUUCUUAUUUCAUACUCUCAGCCUUAGUUAUAAAACCCAGUAACACAAAGCACACACCAUGUGGUGUUUUCUGCUAACCCACCCAGAUACACCUUUGCAAGUUUGUUUAUGGAUUUAAAAUAGUUGUAGUAAUGUAGUAUAGCAAUCAUCCAGAAGGAUUCUGCCACUGGACUGAAUUUGGCAGCUGCAGCACUGGCAGUUGAACAGGGCUCCCAAGGAGUAUCUUCAGGCACUAAAUCAAUGGUGGGCACAUUCUGUUCCUAAAUAAUGGUCUGCAUAACUAAAUGCAGAUCAUGGGACAACCUGUUUAUUCCCAGUGUUUAAAAAUGGACAUACUGGUACAUUUUAUAAACAUACAUAAUUUUGCAUAUCAUGGUUCAGCUAAAUGUAAAAAAUGUGAAGGAUUUCCUAUUCAUUACAAAGAAGCAAGCUGGUAUGGGCAGCUUGGAAGUGCUUUGAGGACCAAUCCUACAAUUUUUCUACUUUUUUUGCCCAUGCUAUCCAGUAGACCUCAGCAGGGCUACUGUAAGGCCAGAGUAAGGUUUGCAGAAGACCCCUUUCUACCUGAAAAGGGUUUUUUUUGCCCAUGCUAUCCUGCUAAUCUCAGUGGGGCUAUUGUAAGUCUGCAGCAGAAGGCCCUUCACUUAUAACAGGUACAGGAUUUUGUUAUUGGAAGGGUUGGUUCUUUUGAGUGCCAAGGAUUCCUCGUUCUGCUCUUCCAGCUUCCUUUCUGUACUCCAUGCCCAGCAUGAAAACCUGUCCUUUGGACUGAGGAGGACUGAAUGGGCGCAUGGUUUACUUACAAGAGUGUGUCAGGGAGGCAUGGGACACUCUAGCACUCAGUUGUUGCUAGCCCAGCUGUCAGAGGGGCAGCUAGAGACACAGAUCCAGAUCUGGUUCAUGCUGGGCAGCAGUUAUGUACCUCCUUGCACCAAAACACUGGUACAAGAACUAGAACGGGAUGCUGGCUUCCAUUCUAAUCAAGCCUGUUCUAAUAAAGGAAUAAAUGGGAUUUUUCAGAAACAGUAUUAAAUGUGGACUAUAGUUCAGGAGAUGGGAGGUUUUCUAGAAGGUACAGACUCCCAACAGGUCAUUUCUAAACUCACUUUGAGUGAAACAGCCUGUUAUUGCAGUGGCAUGCACAGCAUGUGGUACUGAAGUUUUUCCUCACCCAGCGGGAGAGCUGGGGGUGGGGACAGCAAGCUGCACAGGCGCUAAGGUCAAGCUCUUAGGCCCAGAGUGGUGUAAAUUUGCACAUCCAUCAAGUUAGACCAGUUUUGCUGUGGACAUAAGUAGGACCGGGUUUGGCUCAGAGGAACUUGCUUUUUCACUUAGUCACUUCACUUAGUUCUGUUGAUCUGUGGAUCAGUCCUUUUGUAUUCUAAUGAAUGGGAGCUACUGUAGAAACUAUCUUUUAAUGAGUGCCUCAAAGCCUGAAAUGGUAGUUUAUUUCCUAAGGAGCUCCAGCUUCCAUACUAGCUAGUACUUGGUGUUGUUUCUGGAAGUACUGCAUAUCUUAGAGAUAAUCAAAUGCUCUGCAUGGGCACAGGAGUAGUACAGUAAUUUUUGCCUGUUUACCAGGCCUCAAACAGAUAACAUGAAAGCCGUAUGUUCUGCAAUAAGGAUUUUUCUGAAGGAUUUGGUUUUGCACUGAGUAUUAAAAGCUUCCAACAGCCUAUCUCCUGUGUUUCCCGAGGUUGUUACAUUUAGGUGUUAAACGACUGUCCGACGGUUCUUGAACAUUAAAGAUGUAAUUUUUAGUUUUAACCAAUAAAUCUGCGGUUCUGGGGGA